GCCAUUCAGACCACCAGCACUACCAUGACCUCUUUCUACCCCGAUAUCGCUCCUCCCGUUUCUGGGCUCGCCAAAUAUCGCACACUCUCGCCGCUAUGUGGCCUCCGUGUCUCACCAGUUCAGCUUGGUGCGGCGAACAUAGGCGACAAGUGGGCUGCGAUGGGAUACGGGUCCAUGGACAAAGAGGCAAGCUUCAAGCUUCUCGAUGCCUACUUUGAUCUCGGUGGAAACUUCAUUGAUACCGCUAAUGACUAUCAGGAAGGGUCCUCCGAAGAGUUCAUUGGCGAGUGGAUGGAAAAGCGCGGCAAUCGCGACCAGAUCAUCCUGGCGACAAAGUAUACCUGCAACUACAAGCGCCAUAUAGAGUCCCCGCAUAAAAUCACCUUCGUCGGCAACAAUGUCAAAUCAAUGCAUGUCUCCGUCGAAGCAUCUCUCAAGAAGCUCAAAACGUCUUACGUUGAUAUUCUUUAUCUGCAUUGGUGGGACUGGGCUUCCGGUGUUGAGGAAGUCAUGAACGGUCUGCAUAACUUGGUCACUGCAGGCAAGGUUCUGUACCUGGGUGUCUCUGAUACCCCCGCCUGGGUCGUUUCUCAAGCUAAUCAGUACGCUCGGGAUCACGGAAAGACUCCAUUUGUCAUCUAUCAAGGGCAAUGGAACAUCAUGAAAAGGGAUUUUGAAAGGGAGAUCAUACCGAUGGCCAGGUCCCUGGGCCUUGCCCUCGCUCCGUGGGACGUUCUUUGUGGAGGCAAGAUCCGCACGGAUGCUGAAGAAGCUCGUCGUAAAGAGUCGGGUGAGAAGGGACGAACGAUAUUCAGCCCAGAAUGGGAGAGAACUGAAGACGAAAAGAAGAUCUCCGGUGUUCUUGAAGAAGUGGGCAGGGAGGUUGGCGUUGGCGAUAAUGUGCAGGCCGUUGCAAUUGCAUAUUUGAUGCACAAGACUCCUUACGUGUUCCCUGUCCUCGGUGGGCGGAAGAUUGAACACCUCAAAGCCAACAUCAAGGCCUUGGAUAUCGCUUUGACCGGGGACCAGAUCAAGCGUCUCGAGGGUGUUCUUCCAUUUGACCUUGGCUUCCCCGGAAAUAUGGUGGGUGUUGGGUCAAGUGUGAGCGGGAUACUGCAGGGUCAAGCGGCUAGUAAUCUCGAUGUUUGGCCUUUGCCCGGCGUCAUUAAGCCUAUGGCUCAGUGAGCUUCCCAGGCCUGUGGUAACAGUGUCCCGAAUAUGCCCAUUUACAGAUAUUUACUGAAAACUUGACGCUAUGUGCUCUGCUGUGAUGAGGAAUUCCGCCGACCUUUUCGAUCUCGUCGAUAAAGUUUAUGAUGUUGGGUUAGUUCUGUUUAGAGAACUUCGGCAUCAUUGCCUUCCGAUCACGAGACCUGUACAGC